GCGCAUGCGCUGGUUCAUGGGCAUUUUGUAGCUGACGUCAGCGUCUACUCUUAAUGUUGUUCCUGACAGAAACCAGGAUGUGACAGGUGCUGCUCGGCUAAGGUUUAUCAGGUCAACAGAGCGGAGCAUAAGCUCAGACACUGAGCGUUUGACUUCCUCUGACAGCAGAGAAAACAGCCGAAUCAGCGACUAACGGCUUGUGUGCAGCUGCGAAGCUGAGGCAGCACGAUGAGCGGUGCUGCUCUGGGUUUCGAGAUUGUGGUGGUGUUUUUCUUGGCGCUCUUCCUGCUGCACCGAUAUGGAGACUUCAAGAAGCAGCAGCGCAUGGUUCUGUUUGGCACGCUGCUAGCCUGGUACCUGUGUUUCCUCAUCGUCUUCAUCCUACCUCUGGAUGUCAGCACGACCAUCUACAACCAAUGUACGAAGGACCAUACGGUGCACACGUCUCAUCCCACUGUGAGCCCGUUACCUGCCAAUCACACAACAAAUGCGUCAGUCGCUCCCACUAAAAGCAUACCGAAGCCAUGCUACAAGCCAUGGAGCUACAUCCCUCAAGGCAUCAUGCCUGUGUUCUGGAGAGUGGUGUACUGGACGUCUCAGUGUCUCACAUGGCUGCUGCUGCCCUUCAUGCAGUCAUACGCUCGCUCUGGAGGCUUCUCCAUCACCGGUAAAAUCAAAACAGCCCUGAUCGAGAAUGCGAUCUACUACGGGACCUACCUGCUCAUCUUUGGCUCUUUGCUCAUUUAUGUGGCUGUUCAUCCUGAGUGGCACCUCUCCUGGUACGAGCUGCAGACCAUCGGGAUCACGGCCGCCAACACCUGGGGGCUGUUUCUGUUGGUGCUGCUGCUCGGCUAUGGUCUUGUGGAGAUCCCUCGCUCCUACUGGAACGCUUCACGACAUGGGCACCUGCUCGUCAAGACAUACUUCAAGGCGUCCAAACUGAUGACCGAGAAGGCAGAUGCCGAGGAGAACCUGGAGGAUGUCAUGGAGGAAGUGAGAAAAGUCAGCGAAUCCAUCAAGUACAACCAUCCACUAAGGAAGUACAUCGAUACAAUUCUCAGAAAGUGCCCGGUGGAUUACCAAGAGAAGAUGGGCAGGAACAUGGACGACUAUGAGGACUUUGAUGACAAACAAAACACCUACCCCAGUGAGAAGAGUCUGGUGAAGCUGCAUAAGCAGGUCAUCUACGCAGUUCAGAGGCACAACAGAACCAGGGUCCAGUGGCAGAUUCUCCUGCAGGAAGCCAUCCACCUGGAGGAUGUAGCCAAAAACGAGACCAGUUCUAGCCACCAGUUUGUCCACAGCUUCCCGUCGUCUGAUACUGUCAGCUGGUUCAGCAGAUAUGUCUACACACCAACCGUAGAGUGGUACUGGGAAUGUCUCCUGAAGCGUUGGUUCUACCGGCUGCUGUCUGUGGUGUUGACUCUGUUCAGCGUGGCCGUGGUCUGGUCCGAGUGCACCUUCUUUAGCACUCGACCCGUCUUGUCCCUUUUCGCUGUGUUCAUCCAGCUGGCUGAGAGAGACUACAACUACCUGUACAUUGAGCCAACUGCUGCCACAUUGCUCCACCAGAUGGCGUGCUUCAUCACAAUCUUCUUCCUGUGUACCUGCGUGUACUCCACUGUAUUCCGGAUACGUGUCUUUAACUACUAUUACCUGGCCUCCCAUCACCAGACAGAUGCUUACAGCCUCCAGUUCAGCGGCAUGUUGUUCUGUCGUUUGACUCCUCCUCUGUGUCUCAACUUCUUGGGUUUGAUCCACAUGGACUCCGCCAUCUCUCACCAGCAGAAGGAGCAGACUGCGUACACCUCCAUCAUGGGCUCAAUGCGUGUUCUCUCCUUCAUUGCCAAUGGGUUCUACAUCUACUACCCCAUGCUUAUCGUCAUUCUGUGCAUCGCCACCUACUUCAGUCUAGGAACUCGCUGUCUGAACCUUCUGGGCUUCCAGCAGUUCAUGGGUGACAGUGAAAUGACCUCUGACCUGAUUGAUGAGGGGAAGGAGCUGAUCAGACGGGAGAAAAGAAAGCGACAGAGGAUUGAAGAUGGAGAGAACAGACGGAGAGAGUGGAAGGAGCGUUACGGGAACCCAAGAGACGACUACGCUGCGAGGAACAGGAGCAGUCACGAGAUGAAGGAGACCAGUUACUCCGACAGUGUGAACUCUAGCAGCAACAGACAGGCUAAAUACUCUCGGGCGGCCAGCCGGCCAGAGAGGGACUGCAUCGAGCUGCUGCAGGACGCUGAACCUUUAGACUUCAACGCAGAGGCUCUGACAGAUGACAGUCUGGACUCAGAACCGGGCAGACAUUCUGGAGGACGGUAUCUGUCCAUGUCAUCGUCUCGGAGCCGAAUAUUUGACGACGUCUAACGUAGAGCAGAGAGGAGGAGCCAGGAAGUGAACGUUAGCUGGAGCUGCCAGGUUCCUCGUGUCCCAGCAUGCUUGGUAAUGGAACAGGCCAGGCAUGAGGGAAUCUCCAUCACCUCCCGACAUUUUAUUUAGCACUUUGCAUCAGGUUACGUGUUCAUCUGCAGGUCAAUGAAGGAACAUGAAUCAACGUGUGACAGAUGUUAGUAUUUAUUUCUCCUGCUGAAGUCGCCAUUUGAGCUGCAUGUCAAGUUGGCUGGCGUCGCUGUGACUGAGCAUGCACACGGACCAGCAGCCUCUGCAUGUCUGACUGAGACUGAAGCUCCAGAAGGUGGAUUUUAUUUGUGUUCGUUGUCUUUAAUGUAAUGACUGUCUGAACUGCUUCACCUUCUGACUUUCAUAAACCUUCUGCUGAGGUUAAGGUGGGUUAUGAUUGUACAUAUUUAACCUAAUAGUAACUGGUCACACGUCCACACUGUAAAGAUGAACCCACAAAUACUAAGAUUUACUGACUACGUUAAUGGGUUUUAGGUUUAAUAAAACAUCAUUUUGGCCUAUUAAUGAGAAGAUCCCAGAGGAACAAGUGAUCAGGUGUCUGACUGAUCUCCAAAAUGGACACAACCUCAGGUUUAUGUAGAGUUUAAAUCUCUCAGCGCUAACAGUUACGCUGUCUGUGUCAAACAAAACAAGUGUUUUCAGCACAGACAUAAACUACAUUAUAAAAAGCAACAUUGUAAAAGGCCAGAGGACCUUGUGUAUGACUUUAGACGCUUCAGUGGUUCAACACAGUCAAUGUGCAUUUGUGCAUUGUUGUUCGCUCAGGCUGCCAGAAAAGGACCAGAGUUCAACGACUCCUCUGUAAAUAUGUACAAUAUUUUUUGUAUUACAUGGCUUAAUUAUUGAUGGUAAUGAUAUUAACUCAGUGACACUGUCUUUACUCUGAGCCUCCCUCCCCUAAAAGCACUAAUCACUUUCCAUAGUUUCUGUCUUGGGGCGAUCGUUUUCUUUGACCUACUUGGUGCUUAUUAUGAUCUCUGCACUUUUGAUUUCAUAUUGUUGACACAAAAUAAUUGUGUCUCCUGUGAUCGAAGAGAAGAGAUGAUGUGUUGAUGGUUAGCUGCAGUCAGUGUUGUAACAAUAAAGGUGUUAAAGCUG